GGGGACUUGACUCCAACCUCUAUAGAAGAGGCCACCUCUGGGGUAACCCCCGGGACUUUGCCGAGUACCCCAGUCACCUCAUUUCCUGGGAUUCCUGACACCCUUCCUCCAGGCUCUGCACCCUUAGAAGCCCCCAUGACCCCAGUAACAGAUGAUUCACCCCAGAAAAAGAUGCUUGGACAGAAAGCAACUCCACCCCCCUCCCCUCUGCUGUCAGAGCUCUUGAAGAAGGGCAGCCUCUUGCCUACUAGCCCCAGACUAGUCAAUGAAAGUGAAAUGGCUGUGGCUUCUGGCCACCUGAACAGUACCGGUGUCCUCCUGGAGGUAGGCGGGGUCCUUCCCAUGAUACAUGGUGGGGAGAUACAGCAAACACCCAAUACUGUUGCAGCCUCCCCUGCUGCCUCAUUGAGUCAGCCUGACACCUGUGUUCCCAUGGAGGCUGUGGGGGAUCCACAUACUGUGACUGUUUCCAUGGAUAGCAGUGAAAUCUCCAUGAUCAUUAAUUCUAUCAAAGAAGAGUGUUUUCGAUCAGGGGUAGCAGAGGCCCCUGGAGGAUCAAAGGCUCCUAGUAUAGAUGGGAAGGAAGAUUUAGAUCUGGCUGAGAAGAUGGAUAUUGCUGUGUCUUACACAGGUGAAGAGCUGGACUUUGAGACUGUUGGAGACAUCAUUGCCAUCAUUGAGGAUAACGAUCAUCCUGAGGUGCUGGAUGUAGCAGCAGUGGAAGCAGCACUGUCAUUUUGUGAAGAAAAUGAUGAUCCCCAGUCUCUGCCUGGUCCCUGGGAGCACCCUAUGCAGCAGGAGAGGGACAAGGCAGUACCUCUCCCUACACCAGAGAUGACAGUGAAGCAAGAGAGGCUGGACUUUGAGGAAACAGAAAACAAGGGAAUCCAUGAACUGGUGGACAUCAGGGAGCCCAGUGUUGAGAUCAAGGUGGAACCUGCAGAACCAGAGCCAGGCAUUUCAGGGGCUGAAAUAGCUGGAAUUAUUCCAGCUACAAGUAUGGAGCCACCAGAACUCAGGAGUCAGGACAUGGAUGAGGAACCCAGAAGUACUACAGCUGGAGAGAUUGCUGAAGCAGAUGUUGCCAGUGCAAAAGGCGAUGAGACUCCACUAACAACUGUGAAGACAGAGGCAUCUCCUGAAAGCAUGUUGUCUCCAUCACAUGGCUCAAAUCCCAUUGAUGACCCUUUAGAGGCAGAGACUCAGCACAAGUUUGAAAUGUCAGACUCAUUGAAAGAAGAAUCAGGGACUAUUUUUGGAAGCCAGAUAAAGGAUGCCCCAGGUGAGGAUGAGGAAGAAGAUGGAGUCAGUGAAGUGGCCAGCUUGGAGGAGCCUAAGGAAGAAGAUCAAGGAGAAGGCUAUUUGUCAGAAAUGGAUAAUGAACCCCCUGUGAGAUAGAGUGAUGAUGGUUUUAGCAUACAUAAUGCUACUCUGCAGUCACACACACUGGCAGACUCCAUCCCCAGUAGCCCUGCUUCUUCACAGUUUUCUGUCUGUAGUGAAGAUCAAGAAGCUAUUCAAGCACAAAAAAUCUGGAAGAAAGCCAUCAUGUUUGUAUGGAGAGCUGAAGCUAAUCAUAGGUAUGCCAAUGUCUUUCUGCAGCCUGUUACAGAUGACAUAGCACCUGGCUACCACAGCAUUGUUCAGAGGCCUAUGGAUUUGUCAACUAUUAAGAAAAACAUUGAAAAUGGACUGAUCCAUAGCACAGCUGAAUUUCAGCAUGACAUUAUGCUGAUGUUUCAGAAUGCUGUAAUGUAUAAUAGCUCGGACCAUGAUGUCUAUCAUACGGCAGUAGAGAUGCAACGAGAUGUCUUGGAGCAGAUCCAGAUGAGACGUGAGUGCGUUUGGUUGGAUUCUCAACAAGACUGUCCCAAUGAAUCUGAGUUGAGCAACGACUGCAGGUCCCUCUUCAGCUCAUGAGACUCCAGUCUGGAUCUUGAUGUGAGCAGCUGGAGAGAAACUGAGGAUCCGAGGGCUGAAGAACUAGAGGAAAGCAGCUCAGGGAGAGAACAUAGUGAACUUCUUGUAGGGGAUGGAGUCAGUGAGGAAUCUCAGGAAGAGUCAGAGCAAAUCAGCCGCCAGAACCUCCUCCACUUUCUCUCUGAGGUAGCUUACUUACUGGAGCCAUUGUGCAUUAGCAGCAAAGAAUCAAAUGAAGGCUGUUGCCCUCCAGCUGGUAUCAAACAAGAGGGAAAGGAAAUUGAAACUGUUGAAGGAGAAGGGGAGCCUUGUAGUGAGACCAAAGAGCGUUCAGCCAAGGUAGACUUCUUAGAAACUGAACAGAAGCCACUGGCAGAAGAUGGAAAGCCAGAAAUGGCUAUAUCUCCCUCAGCUAUUCAUGCAGUUCGGGGACUACCCACAGAGAGUGAAGAGGGGGAUUCACAGGGAGAGGCUCAACAAGAAUCUAAAGAGGAAGACCAGAGUGAAGAGUAUGUGUCAGAAAUGGAAGAGCAGCCCCCUUCUGGUGAGUGUGAUGAUGGCUUCAGCACUCCAGAGACUCCUCUGAUGGAUAUCCUUUUCAGCCAUGCUACCUCCUCAAAGCUGAUUGAUUUAUGCAAAGUUGUCCCUGUUAAGGAUCAUUCACUAUUUAAGAAGACAGUCCUGCCAGUCUGGAAGAUGAUUGCCAGUCACAGGUUCAGCAGUCCAUUUCUGAAGCCUGUGUCAGAAAGGCAGGCUCCAGGGUACAAGGAUGUGGUGAAAAGGUGCUGA